AUGAAGAUACUAUUAUCUUUUAUCGUUAUAUCUAUUUGGUUACAAGUAUCUGACACGAGUACCUCAGUCCAACGGGCAGUUAAGAACUUUGCUGGUAAUCUGUGCAAAAAUGUGAAGACUACAUUGGAUAAUAGUUGGACUGUGAAAAAAAUUAAGGAAUUUUUCAAUAAGACUAUUCCCCCAAUUGAAGCAAAGAGGCGACAAAUCAAAAAAGCAUUUUUUGAAUUUAUUGAUGAAGUAGUUCAACCAGCCAAUAGAUACACUAGCACAAGCAAACUUACAGAUGAUGAUAAAACAAAAGCUCUUAAAUUAUCAAUAACACCUUAUGGCUAUUACAUAGAAUCCCACACGGUCUUAACCCUUGAUGGAUAUCGGCUCACAAUACAUAAAUUGACAACAGAAAUGCCCAACGCAUUUGGUGUUACAAAGUCAACGGUGUUGUUGAAUCACGGUCUUUUUGGCAGUUCUUUGGACUGGAUGCUGUUGGGACCUGAAAAUUCGUUACCAUUUUUACUAUUAGAAAAUGGAUUUGAUGUUUGGUUAGCGAAUUCGAGAGGCAAUGUGUUUUCUAAGAGACAUGUAAGUGUAGGAUUAAAUUCGUCCGAAUUUUGGGAUUUUACAUGGCACGAAAUUGGUUUGUACGAUCUAUCAGCGACUUUGGACUAUGUAUAUGAUAGAGCAGGAGAAGAAUCUAAAAUUGUUUAUAUCGGUUACUCUAUGAGUGGUACUGCAUUGUUUGUUCUGCUUUCUUCAUUGCCUCAGUACAAUAAAAUGAUAAGUUGUGCAAUUAUCUUCGCACCACUUAUCUUUAUGUCUUAUACGACAGGAAUUUUAAAAGAUUUCGCCGAUUUGUAUUAUAAAUUACCUUUAACUAACAAUUUUACAAAUGAUGAAUUAUUAAUAAACGCUAGUCAUUAUAAAGAAGUUAUUGAGAAAUAUUGUGGUGCGAACGACAUUUUAGCUUCAAACCCAAUUUUGUGUCUUAAAUAUGGAGUAUAUGAUUCUUUUGACUUUAAUUAUCCGUCUGAUGAACUAUUUGACGGAGAUUCUCGAGGAUCAGAAAAAAAUCUAAUUCACUAUUAUCAAAUGAUGAGAAGCGGGCUCUUUAGGAAAUUUGACUAUGGAGAAGAGAAUGUUCGGAUAUACGGCUCACAAAAACCACCUGGUUACAAAUUAAAUGACAUAUCUGUACCUAUAUAUAUUUUUACUUCAUCUGGCGAUAAAGUGUCUGUACCGAGCGAUAUUAACAAGUUAAUAAAUAAAAUUCCUAACGUCAAACACCGAAUAAUACUAGACAAAGAAUUCAGCCACCUAUUUCAUUUUGGAUUUACGCUCAGAAGCUUUUAUACACGUCCAUAA